CUCGCACAGCAAAGCACCUGGGUUCCCCAGCACCUUCUCAGUUGGGAUGCUAGCACACAACAAAGCUGCUGCUCUCAGGAGCCGUGCUUGAGAUCGCCUUUCAGGCCUGGCGGUGGAAACAACAAGAUUUCAAGCUUGGGAAGCAGAGGAGGAGACCCAGACCUAACAGAUGUGUGAGCUGCUUAAGCGGCAGAAGCUCAUCAGCCUUGGGAUCUCUACUCCAAAACUGACUCUCCAUCCUAGAAUUCUUCAGAAGCGUGACUAUGGAAUGCAAACAUUUUGAGAUUCUUCAAGUUGCAUGUUAAUCUCAUUGCACCAUCACCGUGGAAGCAGCUUGAGCGUGUGCUUUUGCCCAGUUGUUCUGCAUGUGUGGUCCCUGGGCCAGCAGCAUCAAGCCACCUGGGGACUUGUUAGACAUACAGAUUCUCUGGCUCUGCCCCAGGCCUCACAAGACAGGUGGCUGUCCUGCACAUGGAGACUUGAUAUAAAGACAACUGUGGUGUACCCUGCCACAGAGAAACACCUGCAAAAAUACAUGCGUCAGGAUCUCCGCCUGAUCCAAGAGACUGGAGACGACUACAGGAGCAUCACUUUACCCCACCUGGAGUCCCAGAGCCUCAGCAUCCAGUGGGUGUAUAACAUUCUUGACAAGAAGGCUGAAGCUGACCGGAUUGUUUUUGAGAACCCAGACCCUUCUGAUGGCUUUGUCCUCAUCCCAGACCUCAAGUGGAACCAGCAACAGCUUGAUGACCUGUACUUGAUCGCCAUCUGCCAUCGCCGGGGUAUCAAGUCACUUCGGGACCUCACUCCAGAGCACCUGCCACUACUGAGGAACAUUCUCCGAGAAGGACAAGAAGCCAUCCUGAAGCGCUACCAGGUGACAGGAGACCGCCUGCGUGUGUACCUGCACUACCUGCCCUCUUACUAUCACCUGCAUGUACACUUCACUGCCCUGGGCUUCGAGGCUCCCGGCUCAGGGGUGGAGCGGGCACACCUGCUAGCUGAAGUCAUUGAGAACCUGGAGUGUGACCCCAAGCACUAUCAACAGCGCACUCUUACUUUUGCGCUUAGGACCGAUGACCCCCUGCUUCAGCUCCUACAAGGACGCCAGCGACCCUGAGUUGCCGAGAGUGCCUGAAGAGUGGGGAACUAGUGGGCCGGGCUUGGGGUAGUGUGGGCUGGAUUUUUUUUGUUUUUUUGUUUUUUUGUUUUUUUUAUCUCUGAGGGAUUUUCCUGAAACGUAUUUUGUAGUUUCUUGGCCUUUUCAGCAAAGGUCAAGUGUAUGAUGUAUUUUGUACUGUUUUAUUCCUCACAGGAGAAUAAAGUACUUUUUUAUUGGUGAGGA